AUGAUCGGCUUCAACGGCAGCCUGCUGUCGCUGAUCCGUGCUAACCGGCGCGAGCGGCGGCGCGAGCGGCAGCGGCGCACGCGGCGGCGGGAGGUCGCCGCAGCAGUCUCGGUGGCUCCGGAGGAGCUCCCAGCCGGCGCCGUCAGCGCUGCGGCGUACUGGCGGCGGAUCGGCGCGCCGCUCGGACUUAACGUGAGCGGCUCGGGCGGCGCGGCGGCUCUGGACCGGGCGACCAGCGCCAACCAGAUGGGCGGCGAGGUGUGGAGGCAGGGAGAGCGGCUGGCGCAGCUGCAGGCGCAGAUCAAGCGGGACGGGUUCGUGUCGCUCGCUCCGUCCGAGCUCUGCUGCGACGCGCGAGCGGUGGCAGCGCUGCGGCGGGGCGCGCUGCGCCUCACCGCGCUUGGCUGGCCGGCGACGAUGCUUCUCCUGUUCGACGAGGAGCAGCUGCUGCUCGGCCGCACCUCGCGGCUGGCGUGGCUCCUGCUCGCGCACGCCUCGCGGCUGAUGCUCGCGCUCACAGGCUGCUCCCCCUCCUUCGACACCCUCGCGUGGUGCGUCGACCCGAGGGACGGCCAGGCCGGCUUCGCACCGCACCGCGACCGGCAGCCUGCCGACGUUGCAACGUCCUUCCGCGCGGACGGCUCGCCGCGGUACGCGACCCUCUGGCUAGCCCUCUCGGAGGCGACGCCGGAGAACUCGUGCAUGCACCUCGCCGAGGACCCGCUGCAGCUCCUCCUCCGCCGCGACGACGCCGUGCAGGCGAUCCGCGCCUGCCCUCUGCCCCCGGGCGGAGGGCUCGUCUUCACGCACCGGGCGAUGCACUGGGGGUCGAAGGGCUGCGACGACAACGACUCCAUCCCCACCCCGGAGGCGGUCCACUGA